AUGGCCGACUUCGUGGACCCCCGGAUGAGCUCCAUCAAGCCCCGCAUCCGCUACAACACCAUUGGUGGCAUUAACGGACCGCUGGUCGUCCUCGACAAUGUCAAAUUCCCCCGUUUUAACGAGAUUGUCUCGUUGACACUCCCCGAUGGAACGGAGCGCUCCGGUCAAGUGCUGGAGGCGAGAGGUAUGCUUCCCGACCACGUGUGGUACCUUGGAAACCGAGCUGUUGUGCAAGUGUUCGAGGGUACUUCCGGCGUUGAUGUGAAGAAGACCAAAGUCGAGUUCACCGGUCACAGCUUGAAGCUCGGUGUGUCCGAGGACAUGCUGGGUCGUGUGUUUGAUGGUUCAGGACGUGCUAUCGACAAGGGCCCAAAGGUGCUUGCUGAAGACUACUUGGAUAUCAACGGCCAGCCUAUCAACCCUUACUCUCGAGUCUACCCCGAGGAGAUGAUCUCUACUGGUAUUUCCGCUAUCGAUACUAUGAACUCUAUCGCCCGUGGCCAGAAGAUUCCCAUCUUCUCUGCCGCCGGUCUUCCCCAUAACGAAAUCGCUGCCAGUAUUGCCCGCCAAGCCAGUCUGGUCGGAAAGCCCACCAAGGACGUUCACGAUGGUCACGACGACAACUUCUCGAUUGUUUUCGCUGCUAUGGGUGUUAAUAUGGAAACUGCUCGCUUCUUCACUCGCGAGUUCGAGGAGAACGGCAGUAUGGAGCGUACCACCCUCUUCCUGAACUUGGCCAACGACCCAACUAUCGAGCGUAUUAUUACUCCUCGUCUGGCUCUGACCACUGCCGAAUACUACGCCUACCAGCUCGAGAAGCACGUUCUUGUCAUCAUGAGUGAUCUUUCCGCGUACUGUGAUGCUUUGCGUGAGGUUUCCGCUGCCCGUGAAGAAGUUCCCGGUCGCCGUGGUUACCCCGGUUACAUGUAUACUGAUUUGUCAACUAUCUACGAGCGUGCUGGUCGUGUUGAGGGUCGUAACGGCUCUAUUACUCAGAUUCCUAUCUUGACUAUGCCUAACGAUGAUAUUACCCACCCUAUUCCUGAUUUGACAGGCUACAUUACGGAGGGUCAAAUUUUCAUUGACCGUCAAUUGUACAACAAGGGUGUUUACCCUCCCAUCAACGUUCUGCCGUCACUUUCCCGUCUCAUGAAGUCUGCCAUUGGUGAAGGCCGCACCCGUAAGGACCACUCAGAUGUGUCUAACCAGCUGUACGCGAAGUAUGCUAUCGGUCGUGAUGCCGCCGCCAUGAAGGCUGUUGUCGGUGAGGAAGCCCUCUCUUCCGAAGACAAGCUCUCUCUCGAGUUCCUCGACAAGUUCGAGCGCACCUUUAUUAGCCAGUCUGCCUACGAGUCUCGCAGCAUUUUCGAGUCACUGGACAUCGCCUGGAACCUGCUCCGCAUUUACCCCAAGGAGCUCCUCAACCGUAUCCCCAAGCGUACUCUUGAUGAGUUCUACGCCCGUUCCGCUCGCAAGAUUGCUAGCAAGGACACCCGCGACAACUCGGGCGAGCAGCAUGAUACCUCGGCGCAGCAAAGUACCAACCUCAUUGAUGCGUAG